GGGGCAGGGGCAGGGGCUCUCUUCGCCACCGCUGCUGGGGGAGCACUCGGGAGAGGCUCCUGCGGCGUUAGCUCCACCUGGGUGCGAGCCUGAAGCUCGCGGCGGGCGCCUGGCUCCCGGUGCCUCAUCCCGGCAGGCAGCCGCCGAGCUCCCGUCUCCCCGGGCAGCAAGAGCUGGAUUCCCUCCCUGCAAACCAGGGCAAAGCUGAGCUGGGGCUGCGGCAGGAGAAACGCCCGCCAGGACCGGGCAGAUGUGAGUGAGCUCGAAGGGGAGCUGGGCUGGGGACCCCACACCUGCACGGGAGACUUGCAGCAGAUUUCUCUGCCCCACUCCCGUAAACAAAGAAAGAUGAGAAUUCAUUUCAUCUGAGUUUUACCUGCCCCUUGAACAACAGCACCAUGGAUCUGGCCUACGAGCUGCCCAACGUCACCGAGUUCUGGUUCUCCUCAGCCUCCCAGUUCGACAACUUCUCCACGGAGAUGUCUGCCAACGCCUCCCAGAACACUACGGGCCAGCAUUUUGACCUGACCAGCAACGCCAUCCUUACCUUCAUCUACUUUGGGGUGUGCAUUAUAGGCCUGUGCGGCAACACACUGGUGAUCUACGUCAUCCUCCGCUAUGCCAAGAUGAAGACCAUCACCAACAUCUACAUCCUGAACCUGGCCAUUGCAGAUGAGCUUUUCAUGCUGGGGCUGCCGUUCCUGGCCAUGCAGGUGGCUCUGGUUCACUGGCCCUUCGGCAGAGCCAUCUGCCGGAUUGUCAUGACAGUGGACGGGAUCAACCAGUUCACCAGCAUCUUCUGCCUGACCGUCAUGAGCAUCGACAGGUAUCUGGCUGUAGUCCACCCCAUCAAAUCCGCCAAGUGGAGAAGGCCCAGAACGGCCAAGAUGAUCAACGUGGCCGUGUGGGGCAUUUCCCUUCUCGUCAUUAUGCCCAUCAUGAUUUAUGCUGGGAUCCAAAACACCCAUGGAAGGAGUAGCUGCACCAUCAUCUGGCCAGGCAAGUCCAGCGCGUGGUACACAGGGUUCAUCAUCUAUACCUUCAUUCUGGGCUUCCUGGUGCCCCUCGCCAUUAUCUGCCUUUGCUACUUGUUCAUCAUUAUCAAAGUCAAGUCCUCUGGGAUCAGAGUGGGCUCCUCCAAGAGGAAAAAAUCAGAGAAGAAAGUCACCAGGAUGGUCUCCAUCGUAGUGGCAGUCUUCAUCUUCUGCUGGCUUCCCUUCUACAUAUUUAACGUCUCCUCCGUCUCCGUCUUCAUCACUCCCACACCCUUCCUGAAGGGUAUGUUUGAUUUCGUCGUGGUUCUCACCUAUGCCAACAGCUGUGCCAACCCCAUCCUCUACGCCUUUUUGUCCGACAACUUCAAGAAGAGCUUUCAGAACGUUCUCUGCCUGGUGAAGGUCAGUGGCAUGGAUGAUGCAGACAGGAGCGACAGCAAGCAGGACAAAUCCAGGCUAAAUGAGACCACGGAAACUCAAAGGACUCUGCUCAAUGGUGACCUUCAGACAAGCAUCUGAGAGGACUCCAGGAUUGCCCUUCUCAGCUGUCCUCUUUCCUCCUCCUCCCCACUCCUUUAUAUGGCAGUAGCACAUAGCAAGUCAGGUCAAGAGUACUUGGUCUUCGUUUGCUUGUCUUAGGGGAUGGUAAUGCAGGGACGGGGGCCUGUGCCAGGAGUAGCCUCUCAGCAGAAGGCAGGUUGGUUUUGAGUAUUCAGAAAGAUGCUGUUCAAAUACAACUUCAUACAUGGAAAAAACAGACACACGCACACACACGUGUUUAAACAUAUAACAUGAGGUCAUGGGCCAAAUUCAUUUCUGUUGCAACUGCAUUGGUUGCACUGGUGUUACCCCCAGGGAUGUGUUUGGACGUACAGAACAUGUUCACACAUCUCUAACCACACCCAUGUAAACGGGCAAAUUCAGUAGAGUUGCACAUGUGUAACUGAGGCAUUUCUGCUGGACUUGGUUACACAUACCAACAUGCUCCAUACAGCAUAGAUCACAUAUGUCUAAACAGAGCUAUUCAUGUCUGUUUCUUUGCAAAUCAGGAGAAUCAGCUGAAAAUGAGAGAGAGAGAGAGAGAGAGCGCACACAGUGAGAUCCUCCACUAGGACAUGAAGAAUAUUUCAUUUUAUUACUCAGCUAGUAAAAUUUUAUUUUUUUAAGAAUGAAUCUCCUGAAGUUCCCCAAGUUUUAUUAGACUAUUACUGUAUUUGUUUACAAGUUGCUUUUCCUGCCACGGGAGAAGCAACAGAUCAGAAUGAAAGAAAUCACAGCAGAAGGAAAAUAUCCCAGCCCCAGUACAGAGAGAGAGAGAGAGAGGGUGGACAGAUAGGACUUAGACUCCUAAGAGAUUUGGAACCCAAUUCCCAUUAAAAUUGAUGCCUUGAGACAGCCUGGAAAAUCUCAGUUUAUAUACACACACCUGUGCAGUCAGAUACAUGGUGGUGGUAUGUACGUGAGCAGUGAUAUUUGUGGUGCACCUUUGAUCACCUGACCUGGACUCUGCCCACCAGUCCAUCUAUCCAGCAUUAUUUCUCACCUCCCAGACCUUAGAGCAGCUCAAAUACAGCCACCUUCCCUCCCCCCACCCCCUCGCUUAAAUCAACUUGCCAUAAAAAAAGCUUUUCUCCUCUCCCUCAAAUGUAUAAUGUUUCCCUUCUUCCACCUGAAAUGAACUAUAAACACUGCUCCAAAGGGCGGCAUGGCCACCUUCAGUCCUGGGCUAGUGGUGGGUUCCCAUAGUCACACAGCCGUUGCUUUUCUGUUGUUUUCCUCUAGUGGAAUAUGGCAGGGACUUUUAGCGAGCGGCUGGCUGAGAGGCAUCAGAGAUUAGCAGCAGCAUCCUUCCCAUGGAAAGUACCUGCAAGUUUUUAAUCUGCAGAGAGAGACACAGAUUCUGAGUGCCGUUCAGUUCUAGCGUUCAUGAUGCUGGGACUGAAACAGCUACCAGAAUAUUGCUGAGGUGUACGUGUGCUUUGUGUGGUGUUAUAUCACACACACACACUCUCUCUCUCUCUCUCCUCAGCGAGGCCUUUAAGUCCCACGUGCAUGUUUUCUGUUGAUGUUCCUGGCGAAGGCUGGCUACUAAGACAAGGUGGAUGUUUACUUUGCCAUUGCUCUGAGCGUGGAUGUUUCUGACGCCGCAGAUGUUGUCUAAAGAAGAUACCAAGUGAGAGGCUGAGGGACAUUUGACAGCUCUGUCUAAAAUACUGACAGAUGCCAGGCAUGGUUGGUGUGUGCUUGGUUCUAAAAUGUAGUUACCAUUGGGAGGUGGAGGGGUGGGUUCGGAUUCUGGGGGAAUGAGCUGUGAUACUGCCGGACCAAAUUUUCUUCUCAGUUACAGUGGUGUAAAUCUAGCCUAACUCUCUUCAGAAAGCAGAGCACAGCUUCUCCACACCUGUGAAGGCAGCUGUAAAGUGCUUGGGGGAGUCUGGAGCCAUGGUGCCAAGAUACUAUGGCGAUAGAUGUAAAUACGUCAGCUGGGUCAGCGAGGAUCACAUGCUGGAGGCUAGAGCAAAUGGUAAUUGCUGGGUUCACCUGUAGAGAAAUCUACUGAUGCUAAUCAGAUCUGCUCCUCACCCCCAAUCCACCCCGUCAGAGUGACUUUAGGGAAUAGGGAAACCCUGCCAAUAGGGAAACCCUGCGGCUUAAGGGGUCUGAUCGGGGGGAAAACAGAACAGACAUUUUUUUCUUUAAACCGCCAGUAGGUCUCCAAUUGCACUGGUAUAACUAGCAACCUAGACCUGGUCUCUUGUGAUGUGGUGCUUUCAGGAGAAGAGGAAGCCCUGGGGAGAUGGGAGUGACCUCUUUUGAAGCAGCGAGGGGAGCUGAAUGUUUGUUCUCCAGUGCUGCAGAGUGCUAGAGAAAUGACGCCUGCAUUACGGCCUUAUAGAUUUCGGAGGGCAAGUAUGUAAAUCACAUUUUCUGGAGGAAGAAAGCUCAUCGGGUACACAGCCAGACCUCCCUCCAGCUCUCACCUUGUUCUCUAGUCAGCCCGAGGCAUUUUGGUGGCGUUUGUCACCCUAGUGUCUGAAAGCUUUACAAAUGAUUCCCGCCCCAUUUUACAGAUGAGGAAACCAAGCCCUGCAGAAGUUAAAGCCAGUGUUUUCCAGCGUUGUUUCUCACUGGGCCGACUCCAUGCCCUGGGUGCCGACGUGCCUCAAGCCGGGCACCCAAAAGUGAAAGCAGCCCAGCUGAGCGGGAGUCGUUUGAAAACUUUGGCUGAGGCCGUGCCCAUGCUCCCGCUGGGAGCCUCCCCACUCCCAGUCCUGUGCCUCAAAUACAAGGUUUCUCCUCCCUCCCUUUGCAGCCAGCCCUGAUCCUUCCACCUAGCACCACGCCUCCAAAGCCCACAAGUGGCAUUCAGUGCUACAGGCCGUAUUCCCUAGAACCCCACCCCUUGAUUCCCCCAGGCACGGUCCUUUACAACUGUGCAAAAUCAGUGCAACAGGGUGAACAGGGCUCCUCAGCCAGCCUAGGAACCAUUUACACUGGGGUCAAUAGCUACACAAGGAGGAUCUGGCCCCUGGGUGCUAACUAGCUAGGUUAGCGUUCUGCUGGUGCAAAGCAGAGUUUUGCACAGUCGCUUCCAUCAGAUGAAUGUGCCCUUCAUUUGUUUUGAACCAGAAUCUUGAUAUACUCCCCUCUCCGUUACAUUUAACACCUGCUCAGGCGUGAAACUCUGCCCUCAGUUACCAAUAUGCAACCCCAUUGCCUUCAGAGGGGGUAAUCGACAUCUGGGCUCACGCGUGUAAGCAAUCGCUCCCCCUCGCCCCAGCUGUCUUUUCAAACACAGGACAGAGAACAAGAAGUUUCACACACACACACACACACACACGCACGCAGCCCUUUAGCUUGUUGCUGGCCAGGUGGCAAGGACCCUGUUUUAUCUCUGGGCUGUCUGAGGUAUGCUGCUAUAUGCCAUUUUUAUAAGGAGGAAGUAAAUAUUAACCAAGGCUUUGCAACAACAAAAAAUAAAAUAUACUAUUGAUGCUCCGGGGAUUAAAAACAAGAGGAACAUGUCACAUUAAAAUGAAAUAUGGUGUCGUGAUUGCCAGGCUUGAUGCAGCCGGGAGUCCUUUGUUAGGUGCAGGUUUAGUGUUACAGCAUUGGCAGUGCACCAGCUCAGUUGGAGGGGCUGAAUAUCUCGUGGGUAGCGUGGGAGUUAUUUGUAUGGAAAGGAAGUAGCGGUGGGGAGAGAGAGGUCUGCUUCAACAUCUCUCUCCUGAUGAAUAUUUGCAGGACUUCUCCCGCAGAAACCUACAGCGCAGCUUUAUCCCGGAGCCUGCUAGCCACUUGUGUUGUGUAGCAACACUGAGCCCUGUCUACACGCAGAAAUGGCACCUCUUUGACUUAUGUCAUUUUUUAAAAGAAUCAGUGGAAAUGGUGGGAACUCGCUUCUUUUAGUGUCAACGGGACUUACAGCGGCUUAGUUUACACCUGCUCCUGGUUGACUUAGACCAGUCCAAAAUGAGCCUCCUGGUUUUAACUAAAAUAGGAGCGUACCCGUGGCCGUUAGCACCUGUUUGGUUUAAAAUCGCACCUCAGGGUUAAACCCAUGCAGCUUGCUGGUGUGGACGUGCGCUGAGUGGCAGAAAAGGGACGGAGAUGGACAGAGUUGGCUAGUUGUAACGUGUGCCCAGAAGUCUAGUCUAAGAGCAAAAACCUUUUGGGAAGUUAAAUGUUUGGCUACUUCACGCUGUACAAACGAUGCAGCUGAGCUUCUGCUCCUGGGAACAGCUGUUCAGUUAAGGCCAACUUUUUCCAGAAGAGGCCUCGGUUGCGGGUGGAGGGCUCAUUUUUCUGGGGUCCCCACUUGCUUCUGGCUUUCAGAAGGGCUGAGCACCCACAGCUGCAGCUGAUGUCACUGGGUGCUGAAAGUCGGCCUGGCCCCAAGAACUGAGGUCCCACUUUUUAAAAGGUUGGGCCUUAAUGAGGAUGAAUUAAUGAAGCUCCGUUUUUCCCCCAGACACACUUGAGGCAAGAGAAACUGUCCAUGAAAUUGUUUGGGCCUGAUCUGGGACCCUAAAUUCACCCGUUUAGUCUAUCCCGAGGGAAUUUUUACUGCCUGGGGAGAGAGCUGGUUUGACUUCCUUCAAAUUCUUCCCAAAAAGAUUGGGCCAUGUCGCAUGCUUGCAAUUAAGCAACGGCAGUUCCAUCGCUGAUGUGUCUUACCCACUUGAUUUUCAAGGGAAUUUGUCCUGACAGAUGGUACAUUCAGAAAAGCCUGGUGUGCCCCCAGCAAGUGAGAUUAACCAGGAGAUUUACAGCAGGCGUGUUGAUUUUGGCAGUCGUGUGUCGGCGUGCGGCGGGGAGGUGGUGGUGUUAUUUCACACAUUGCACUUCCCCCAGGGCUCAUUAAUGAGGUUAAUUAGAACUCCUCUCGGUCCUAGUUGAGGUUUAUUGUGCUCUGCUACCGCAGCCCCAAGGAUAUUGGGAAGCAGCGAGAGAACCACUAACGCCAUCCUUCCCAAUGGUGGUUUCUUUCUCUUAUCCAGCAUGGGCCUGAUCCUGCACUCCUAUUUGGUUAUAGGUGGUUUGUUUAUUGUAGGGUUGCUUGUGAGUGCUGUGCUGCAUGCGUUGCUUUGUUUAUUGUCGGGAAUGCUGGGCAGCACACGCAGGUUUGGUUACCGUGGGGUUGCCGGCGAGUGCCCGUUGGUUCUCGUCGGGAAUGCUGGGCAGCACAAGUGGGUUUGGUUACUGUGGGGCUGCCGGUCUACUGAGGAGAGAAUGGAACUGCCGGUCCGACGGUAGCAUCGGGCUCCAGGAGCUGCCCAGCCCAUCGAGAAGGGGCUUGUGGGCACUGCAGGAUUCUUUUUUAAAAAAGAGGGAUUUAUGAUCGGGCAAAGGGAGCAUGGUUUUGCUCUUCAGGGCAGGGACCCUCUGUUUGUGCUGUGUGCAUACAUACAGCACCCGGCGCGCUCAGGGCCCCGAUGCACUCACAGCACCAAUGAAUCACUAUUAGAAAAAGCUACAGACCUUCCCCUUUUGCCCUGGGAUUAGCAAAUCCACCUGGGUUUUGCAGGGAAGAUUCAGAGAUUGCAAAGCCAGAAGGGACGACUGUGUUCCUCUAGUCUGACCUCCUGCAUAGCACAGGCUGUGGGUCUUCCCAGAAUUAAUCGAUAGCCACUGGGAGAGACCUCUCCCCCUCACGCCUCCCUGCAGGAGCCAAAGGCUCAGAAAAUCCUCCUGGCCAUUCUCUUCAGUCUACCGGCCCUUCCUCCAGGGCCUGACCCUCUGAACUGCCGGGAAGCACCUCAGAGCCUCUCCCAGGAUCAGGCCCAUUGACAUCACAGGAGUCAGGCAUGCUCAGCUCCCAGCAGGAUCGGGCCCCUGAACUGCCUCAGUGACUUCUCUUUGCCUUCCCAGCCUCGGCAUCCCUGCCUAAGCUGAAGGGGAGCCGGAGCAUUGUUUGAGCAAAAGCAUCGCUGCCUGUCUCCAUGGCGAUGUCACGGCGGAGCCACGACUUCCCAAACGUUUCAGAGUGGUGAGAACAGCGGCCUGUCCACCCGGGGCUGACCCCUCUCAUCCCCCAGGCAUUGCUGGGUGCUCUGCUCCCCGCAGUCACACGACUGGGGGCGGUUGCGUUUUGGGCCACGGACGCUUAACCCUUGCGCAGUGUGCUGCCACUCCAAAGUGCUGUCUGAACAUUAACCAGGCCAGGGAGGUAACGCUCAUUAGCCCUGGGUUUCAGAGGGAGGGGAAACCGAGGCAGAGGGGUUGAGUGACAUGAUAGGACGGGUCCCUGAAACACCCUGGGGGUUGACACAAUUGCAGUUAAGCCAUGAGGAGCUUCACGCGGGCGAGCACAUUGCGAGAGGUGCAGCGUUUUCGGUUCGAGGAGGACAGAGGGACAGACGGCCAUCCAGUAGGUGCUAGAGUAGCUGAGCAAGGUGCUGAGUGCCGCUCAUUGGUGGGCGAGGGCACUCAGCACCUAGCAGGAUAAAGCCUUGGUGAGCGAGCGAGAGAGAGAACCUGCAUGCCCCCUCCUUUGUUAGUCAUAGCGCAAGGUCUCCAUUUCACUUAGCCAGGCGGGUGCUAAUAAUCCCACCGGGGAGACGGGGCACUAGGCGUCUCCGGCAAGGUCAGUGUCACCUUCCUGACGCCUCUCCCUGAUUCUCCAGGCCCUACCUCUCUGCUCUGGUCUUUCUCAGUUCCCUACCAUUGAUGGGGGGGACCCAUCACCCCCCGAACUCGCUCCCAUGUAUGGUAUAGGCCCAGAGUUCAAAACUAGCCUUAAAACUUGCCUGCUUGGUUAUUGGCUUAUCUGGGUGGGACCCUGUGGGAUCCCAAACCAGCCAGGUUUUCCCAGGCCCCCCAUUGGGAGCACUUGUCCUGGUUGAGGAUGAGCUCGCUGAGUGCCACCUACCCCCCUCCUUGGCUGAGUGGGGUCGCUUGAACGCCACCUCUGCCCCUCCCUCACCCCAAGGGCUCAGCAUGCUGGCUCCAUAGUCCCUAAACCCAGCAAUGCAGCACUCGAACACAGAACCUAGAGUGAGGUCCCUUGUGCUGACACUAGGCCAGCGUAGCAGAGCUCUGCCUCGAUUACACCCUGCUCUGUUGCCUGGUUACUUCCUUUUUCGGAAGGUUUUCCUAGAGAUUUACCCGAGGGGUGCAAAUUGGAGGAGACUGAUUUCCAACACCAGUCAAUGGAAUCCCCUUGCUAUGUCAGCGUCCUCUCCUCUGCCCUGUGGGGGUAGAAAGCUCAUCCACACUGUUGCAGAGAACAAAGUCCCCGUCCGCUCAUUUUAAGCUUGUUCGCUACCAAGAUUAGCACAUGCAGCAGCAAGGGUUACAUGCCUGUGGACACCCGUGCUGUGAUCUCAGGCAAGUUGCCCAUCCAUGUCUCACACCAUAGCUGUGGUUUGUUUGAAGGAUCAUCCAUACAAUGAUUCAACUGUGAACAAUACGUAUGUAUGUAUCUGGUUACAGGCAGGAAGGCCUUGGUCUAAGAGCGAUCAGUUUUAUAACAAGGCAGUAAAAGAAGGAAACAGAAGUAGCUGCAGCAGAACUCUCAGCCUGAGAUCCAGGCCAGUCCUCUGGUAGCGAAUGCCCCAAAUUCCCUUCUGUGUCUGCCAAGCACCUAUUUUUGCAUCCUUUGUCCUCUGCAAGAGGAGGUGGUGCUAACCCCUUGUUUCCUGGUACAGCCCUUUUGCAAUCAGCUUGAAUAUAGUAGCUUCACACAGGUUAAUAAUUUGGGAACAAAAUGGCUCCCAGAAGGUGGCGAUACCUGAACUACCGCUCACUCAGCCAUUUCCCAUGGAGAAUGUUAGAAAUACUUUGUGCGGUUCAUCACAGAAAGGGUCCCUGCAGGCACGAGCAAAGCAAUGCAGUGGCCCUAGGAGCUUUGGAAUCGUGGAGAAUUCAGCUCCACCUCUGGGCUGCAGCCCGGUGGGACUACAGCGUAGCUGAGAAAUCAGGGCAGGCCCUUACCAGAGGGGCGAGUUCAGGUGGAUGUGUGCUUUCCUGCGUGCAUCAUUCCAAAAGGCCAGUGCACUUGCUUUGGCACUUCUGCUGCCCCUCCAUGCACUUAGUACCUGUUUUAUCUGAGCCCUUAUGGGACUUCUCAGUCCCACUGAAGCAUAACCCGAGUCACUCAAGGAGUAAAGUCCCCUAAUCAGACAAAGGCCCUGGCUCUCCCCUCCUUUAAUCCAGUGUAAAUCAGGAGUAACUACGAAGUCAGCCAGGUUACACCUGUUUGUCACCAUGUUCAAUGGGUUUUAGAUCAGGCUCUUAAGUCAGUGGGAAGGGUCCGGCAGAAUUAGGCUCUAAAUCCUGUGUGCCUACCCUAUUAUUUUAACCUGAGCUGUCAAUCUCUACCCAAAGGACAGCCGAUGACAAUGACCAAUCCCCUUGCUUCAUCCCUAUGGUUCUUUGAUUCCCUGGGCCCAGUGUCAGGGAGAGCAGGAGCAAGUCCGCUGGGUUUACAUUGGCGUGAGGACAUACAUCCCCUGUUCCAAAGGAGAAAAAGCUCUGACAAAGCCUCAGAAAGCCCUGACUGCUGCAGUGAUUCUUCCCCAUUCUAGCUGUGGGGCUGGUUGAGAGGAGAGAAGGGGUGUAUAUACAGUACAUAGCAACACAUUUUAUUAUUAUUAUUGUAGCGAUGAGACACUGGCAUUUUGUACCCUGCUAUUUUGCUGUUGUUCCGAGUGUAUGAGUCCACCCCUGCAUGUGGUGUUUGUGUGCGACGGUCAGACCCUCCUUGUGUGGUUCCAAUUAAUCCGUGUUGCCUUUGGACCCAGCCCUGCAAUCCUGGCUGGGAGGAACAGGCCCAUUGGACUUCAGCUGGACCAUGCUCUGGAGUAAGUUACACAGUGGAAUAACAGCUCUAGCCUCUCUGCCGAGUAAGGCAGAGUUUCACUCAGAACGAAACCUGUAUCCCUCAGCCCCCACCGGCUAUCUAUUUAUGUUCGCUAUGCGAUGUAUGUGUGUGUCGGUUGUGAUACCAGCUGUGACUUCGGGACUGUAACACCAGAAGUAAAGUGACUUUACUGGCUUAUCGUUUCUCUUUGGCAGUCUGUUGUGUAUAGGGGUCUGAA